UCCCGGCGCCACAGCGCUGGCCGGGUCGGGUGGGAACUGGAGAGCAGUGGUUUUCCAGAUGAUACCUGUGAUUCCCCGCGCCCUCCUUUAUCGAGCGUUUGCCAAGUAGCAUCCUGCUUAUCUAUGAAAUGCAGUUAACACAUCAGCUGGACCUAUUUCCUGAAUACAGCGUGACCCUUCUGUUAUUUAAAGAUGUAAAAAAUGCUGCGGGCUUGAGAAAAAAGGCCAUGGAAGGUGCCAUUGAUGGCUCAUUAAUAAACCCUACAGUGAUUGUUGAUCCAUUUCAGAUAAUUGUGGCCGCAAACAAAGCAGUUCACCUCUACAAACUGGGGAAGAUGAAGACAAGAACUCUAUCCACUGAAGUUAUUUUCAAUCUUUCCCCAAAUAACAAUAUUUCAGAGGCCUUGAAAAAAUUUGGUAUCUCAGCAAAUGAUACUUCAGUUUUGAUUGCUUAUAUUGAAGAGGGUGAAAAACAAAUAAAUCAAGAAUACCUAAUAUCUCAGGUAGAAGGUCAUCAGGUUCCUCUGAAAAAUCUCCCUGAAAUAACAAAUAUUACAGAAGUCAAAAAGGUAUAUAAACUAUCUAAACAAGAAGAAAGUAUUGGAACAUUAUUGGAUGGUAUAAUUUGUAGAAUGUCAACAAAAGAUGUUUUGUGAAAUGACAAAUAUUAAAAAAUUUUCAGCUUUUAUAAAAAAAAAAA